AUGAGCAGCUCACCACACGACCAGCCAGUCGAUCUGGUCAUUCGGUUCACCGCCGCGAUACCAGAUGCAGUUAUACGAGUGCCCUCGGCGAAGCUCACAACACCUCUGGCUCUUCGACAACAGAUCAGAGCGCAGCUGCCUGCCUCGUUCGCCUCGAAUCGUCUACGUCUGAUCUCGGCAGGAAAGGUGCUCCCUGACGCGACAGCCCUUUCGAAAUGUAUAAACAUCCCUCCACCACCUCCGCGCUCGAAAAUUGAUUCAGCUGCCUCGAAAGACAAAAACAAAAACAAAAACAAAGCCAAGGGCAAGGCUCCCGCUGAGACCACCGUCCCUCGAGUCUACAUCCAUUGUUCCAUUGGCGACACUCUCACCCCUGGAGACAUCGCAUCUGAAGCAGACGCCGCAGAAGCUGCCGACAAAGCACUCUUGUUAGAUGUGCAAGCUGUGCCCGCUCCAGACCAGACCCAGAAUCCCACAACAACUUCGUCCACACCCGCUCCUCGUGGCUUCGACCGUCUCCUCUCUGCAGGCUUCUCGCCUGCCGAUGUAGCCAACCUCCGCGCUCAGUUCAUGGCCAUCCAGGCACAUACCCAUACCCCGGAUACUAUGCCGACAGGUGACGACCUGCGUUCGCUGGAAGAAAGAUGGCUCGAGAACGACCCUGCCAAUGCCGCCGCUGGUGGAGGCGCAGGAACCGACGAAGAAGGCGGCUUGGAAGAUAUGCUUUGGGGUAACCUUAUGGGCUUCUUCUGGCCUAUCGCUGCUGCUUGCUGGCUGAUGCGUGAGGAAGGUGUCUGGACAAGACGCAUGCAGAUUUCCGUGCUUAGUGGGCUCCUGGUCAACCUCACCUUUGGCUUCUUGAGAAUUACCUCCUGA